UGGUUCGACACUUCCUCUCCCGUCCACGGAGACUUCAAUGCGGAAGUAUUGACGAGGCCACCUACGGCGAAUAGGACGUCACGAAAAAAAUCUCAUCCUGGUCUCCUUGGAGGUGCACAGCCAUGAAACUCGGACUGCACUUUGUGGUGGACCCCAUGGGGUGGCUGUGUGUCAGCGCUGUGUUUGGGGUCUGGCUCUACAACUCUUUCUUCGUUCCCAAGCUGGUUCUGUUGCCCCACUACAGAGAAGGCCACAUUCCCUGGGUUAUAGUAAUUUGUUAUUACGCCGCGUCAGCACUCUGCUUCGCGGCCCUGUUCAGGGCAUCCACGGCAGACCCUGGUCAUCUUCCUAUGAACCCCCAUAUACCUCACUCUGAGCGAGAGCACUGGGAAUUGUGCAACAAGUGCAACCUCAUGAGGCCCAAAAGGACCCAUCACUGCAGUCGUUGUGGUCACUGCGUGCGCAGGAUGGACCACCACUGUCCAUGGAUCAAUAACUGCGUGGGGGAAGACAACCACUGGCUCUUCCUACAGCUCUGCUUCUACACGCAAGUCCUUAGUGGCUUCACGCUGGUGCUGGACUUCUGCCAGUACUAUUACUUUCAGCCCCUCACGCACCUUGACCAGGAGAAGUUCACGACGCGGCACGAGCUGGCCCUGUUGCGGGCUUCGGCGCUCAUGGGUGUGGUGAUGUUCGGUGGCAUGUCGGCCUUGUUUUAUUCGCAGCUGGUCGGCAUCCUCUCGGAUACCACCACCAUCGAGAAGAUGACACCAUUCUCCAGUGAAAUUCAUGGCCUGAGGAGAUCGUGGCAGUGGGCCCUGGCCGAGGUGUGCGGCACCCACUGGAAGACGCUGUGGUUCGUGCCGUUCCGAAGCAGGCGGGGGCUCCAAGCCGGCGGCUCUUACGGAGACCACGUGUAGCCCCGCCACCCCAGCCUUCACUCAACGCUUGGGAUCGCAGCUGUACCUCCGUGACUGCCACCCGCCAACCGAAAAGCUGCUGCUAAAAGGAAAACCUCUCAGGUUGAUUUGAUUAUUUUGUGUCUAGAUACUGUACGCACAUGCACGUGCACACAUAUAGCAACCGUUGACAAACAUUAGGGGUGCAACGAUACACGCGUCUGUACUAAAUCGAUCAAUAUUUUUUUUUCCAUAAUAUCAUGCACUGAUCCUCGCUGGAUCUCUUGAAGACACUUGAAGUUGUUGUUUUUCUUCCAUAUGUUUCUUCAGAGCCGGUAUUUUAUUUAAAAUGGUAUAUUUCAGGUCGGAGUGUUUACGAUACUGUUUAGUGGGUGUUGAAGUAUUUUAUGUUUUCGAGUGGGAGUUUUUUUUUUUUUUUUUUUUAAAUUUCAUUAUCGUUUUUGGGGGUGGGGGGGGACAAGGGUGCUGUUUGACUGUUCAUGUUCACAUAACACUGGAUUUACAUACUUUUGAUUUUUUAAAAUCAAUUUUUUAAUAAUAGUUUUUCCUUUUUGUUUCAUUGUUCUUUUUUCCCUUUUUCUUUUUUCCUUGUAUCUCUUUCAGAUUUUUUUUAUAUUACAAGUUGCCUAUUUAUCUAAAGCCACAGCGAUUAUCAUGAAGGAAAUCCUACGCCAAAGAACGAGAUGAUGACAUGAUCAAGAUUGUAUGUAAUUCAACAAUGCCUCUGCUUGCGUUUCACUGUGUUCCAAAUUGUUAGGCAAGUGCUCUUGUUCGUUUCCUUACCUUUCGAUGUGAUAAUAACAGUAUUUCACUGGAAUUU